AUGCCACCAAAAAAAAAAGCAGCUGCAGCCGAAGAAGUAACUUCAUCUUCUGAUGUGCCCAAGAAAUACGAAAAAGUGUCAGGAAAAGCUAAACCAGAAUCCAGCAACGCACCUGCUGUGGCACGGAGAACUCCUCUUCAUCCACCUACGAUGGUGAUAGUUAACGAAGCGCUGAAGGAGUUGGACUCUCGAAAGGGGGUCUCCUCGCAGGCCAUUCGCGGAUUCAUAACAGAGAAAUAUCCAUCUGUGGACCUGGUGAGGUUGAAAUACAUGAUACGCAAGACCCUGAAAAAAGGAUUCGAGGGAGUACAGGGGAGGUUUCGGCUUGCAGUCAGGGGUAGGAUCAAGGAGCCCAAGCCAAAGGCCACUGAGAACACUGAUCCCAAUGUGGAGAAGGCUCCAAAGGCUGCCAAGGUUGGAGCCAAGAAGACUAAGGACAAAGAAGCCUCCCAAGUCGAAGAAGACAAUGGGGAAGAGGGGACAGCUGAGGAUCAACCCAAAGCACAGAAGACUACCAAGGGUGAAGGGGCAGCCAAGAAGGGUGCAAAGGCCAAAGCUUUCCAGAAGCCUGCAAAGGGUGAUGAAGGGGACACUGCUGCUCCUGAAGCUAAAACCACAGGGAAACGAGGCAAGGGGGGCAGCAGCAGAAUAAGUGUUGGUGGUAGCUAG